CAUAAACAGUAUUGAAGGAGUUCACACUUAUCCUAAAUAAUGUCUCUUUCCAGCAAUGUCAUCCUCCAUGAGUUCACUGUCUGAGGAGAUUCAGUGCUCUAUAUGUCUGGACGUGUUCACUGAUCCAGUCACGACUCCAUGUGGACACAACUUCUGCAAGAUCUGUCUGAAUAAGUGCUGGGACAACAGCCAGACCUGCAGCUGUCCAUACUGUAAAGACACAUUCAAGCAAAGGCCUGAUCUCAAGAUUAAUACCACACUCCGAGAGCUUGUAGAUCACUGUAAGAAGAAAAGUCCUGAGAAAACAACUGAAGUUCUGUGUGACAUCUGUGAGGAAAGAAAGCUGAAAGCGCUGAAGUCGUGUCUGGUGUGUCAGAGCUCUUACUGUGAAACUCACCUGGAGCCUCAUUUGAGAGUGGCAGGUUUGAAGAAACACAAACUGAUGGAUCCUGUGAGUAAUCUGGAGGACUAUAUAUGUCAGAAACAUGAUAGACCUCUGGAUCUGUUCUGUAGAGAUGAUCAGACAUGUGUGUGUUCAAUCUGCACUGUGACAGACCACAAGAACCACAACACUGUUGCUAUAGAAGAGGACAGUGAAAAGAAGAAGACUGAACUGAUGAAGACACAGAAAGACAUGCAGCAGAUGAUCCAGAACAGAAUCAAGAAAAUUCAAGACAUCAAACACUCAGCAGAAGUCAGAAAAAGAUUUUAUACGGAACUGCUGGAGAUGAUGAAGGAGCAGCAAAAUGAAGCAGAGAAACAGGAGCAAGAGCUGAUUGAAGAGCUGCAGCAGGAGAUCACUGAGCUAAAGAUGAGAAACACUGAGCUGGAGCAGCUCUCAUACACUGAUGAUCACCUCCACCUCCUACAGAUUCACUCAUCCCUGUGCAGCCCUAGAAACACCAGGAACUGGCCUGAGAUCAGCAUGACGACUGAUGAGAGUCUGGAGACUCUGAGGAGAGAUCUGACUCAAUUGAAGGACACUAUAGAUGAGAAACUCACCAUAACUGUCUCUACAGAGCUAAAGUCGAUACAGCAGUAUGCAGGUACAAUGAGCUGUCAAGCAAAUCUCACCAGCCAGCACAUGCAGAGCAUGGUCAGCGUCAAAUGCGCGCCCAAAUAUGUUUUCAAGCCCUACCAGCCAGCGCCACCAUCCAGAUACUUCACUGGAACUAUUCCACAGAAUCCUGCUGCUUACUAUACCCCCAGUCAGAUCGCCCAGCUCCGACCCAGUCCUCGCUGGGCCACUCAGGGUGUCCAACCUCAGUAUUUGCAGGCCAUGCCCAAUACCAUCAGGCCCUCGUUGCCCUGUCCGCAAACCUUCAGUGGCAUGCGUCCCGCCUUCCAGGUGCCACAGGUGACCGCGCCCCAGCGCAUGGUGUCCCAGGGCAUGGGCCCUCGUCCCACCGCCGCAGGUGCAGCCACAGGAACAGCUCAGCCUCUGACAGCGUCCAUGUUGGCUGCUGUCCCUCCACAAGAACAGAAGCAGAUGUUGGGUGAGCGUCUGUUCCUGCUCAUCCAGGACAUGCAUCCCAGUCUGGCUGGAAAAAUCACCGGAAUGCUGUUGGAGUUGGACAACUCUGAGCUGCUGCACAUGCUGGAGUCUCCAGAGUCCCUGAGGUCAAAGGUGGAUAAAGCAGUAUCGGUGCUGAAGGCUCAUCAGGCCAAAGUCCCCAGCACCAAUGUGGCGGCCGUCUAACACAAGAAUGGUUCUCUUUGGCCCUGUCUUCACCAAGAGGGACGCAGUAAAAAAUAAAAAACAAAUAAAAACUUUUAAUUCUGGAAAAUUCCAAAACAUUCCUGUCUUUUUAUUGUUCUUAAUGAAUGCUCAUUGUCAGUUGUGUUCUGGCAGUUGAUAGCUGAACAUUUGGGAAAGUAAAUAAAAUUACACUACUUGAAUAAAUAAUACUUUAAAC